GCUGUAACAAACAGGGAAGAGAAGAAAACCGAGAUGUGGUUGCUGGCGUUCGUGCUGCCCAUCAUCAGGCUCUAUUUAAUUGGCAUUAAAGUUCUUCUGUACCAGCUUUUCAACAAGUCGUUCCCCUUACCAGUUUUCCCCAAACAGAAUGGAAGGGUUGCCAUAGUGACUGGGGGUGCCAGAGGGAUGGGUUAUGAGACGGCGAGACAUCUGACAAGCCUGGGAAUGCAUGUUGUGAUAGCUGGAAACUGCGAGGAAGAAGGCGUGGCAGCCGUGAAGAAGAUUCAAGAGGAGCAGAACGAGGGAAAAGUGGAGUUUCAGAACAUCGACUUGGCGUCCCUGAAAUCUGUCCGCCAGUUUGUGCACAAGUUUAAAGACAGAGGCCUUCUGCUGCAUGUUCUUGUAAACAAUGCGGGCGUCAUGCUGGUUCCCGAGAGGAAGACGGAGGACGGCUUCGAGCUACAAUUUGGCCUGAACUACCUGGGUCACUUCCUGCUCACCAACCUCCUCCUGGACACCCUGAAGAAAUCGGGCACGGCGGACUCCUGUGCUCGAAUCGUCACCGUCUCCUCUGCCACGCACUAUGGGGGCGUGAUCAGCUUGGACGACCUUCAGGGCAGGUCGUGUUACUGUUCUCAUGGGGCUUACUCACAGAGUAAACUGGCGCUGGUUCUGUUUACCUACCACCUGCAGCAGAGACUGACGUCAGAGGGGUUCCCCGUAAUGGCCAACGCGGUGGACCCUGGCAUGGUGAACACAGACCUGUACCAGAACCUGUGCAGCCCAGCCCAGCUGGUCAAGCAGCCCGUGGCCUGGCUGCUCUUCAGGACCCCGGCCCAGGGGGCCUCCACGUCCAUCUACGCAGCGGCCAGCCCGGAGAUGGAGGGCGUGGGCGGGUGCUACCUGUACAACGGCCGCCGGACACAGUCUUCAGAGGCAUCGUACGACGAGGACCUGCAGGCCGAGCUGUGGAGGCAGAGCUGUGCUCUGAGCACGGGAGUGUCCCAGUGAAACGCGUGGCUUUGAAGCCCACCCCGCAUCUCAGAGAACGUCACAGGGGAACACGGCGUUUGGGGCUUGAAGCUUGGCAUUAAAUCCACAUCAGCGACAGCGGGAAGCGCUCAGCCCCCGCUCACGGCGUGGUCGGGUGACAGGCCCUGGGCGGCUCGCUCCCGUCUCCCUGCCGCACAAAGCUGCUUCCCAUGAGUCAACACCGGCGUCUGCACUGAGUCACACGCUGAAGGAGGAGGCUGUUUGUGCACAUUCUGAAAAUCUCCCGGAACACCGCAGCCCAUCUAAUUGUCACAUGGAUCUUUCUUUUCUCUUUAUUUACUUAUUGUUUUUCAUGGAAAUGAUGGAGUCUCCAUAAUUUGCAUACAAAACAUUGCAUCAGAUUUACGCAUAAAUGUUUUUUUUUUGGCUUGAAUAUCGAAAGAAAAGUAUAGCUUCAUGCUAGGCCUUCAACAACCUGUCU